CAGUUGUCAGACGUCAGGUCAGGGCUAGCUAUGUCGGUCGGUAGAGUAGCAUAUCAUAGUUAAGUUAGCCAGGGAGCCCCCCCUCCCCCCUUCCCCGCGAAUUCCAUCGACGCGAUCACCAACAGUGUUCAACACCUCCCCGUCAGCGCGAAUAGUUACCCAGGCAGUCGCAGUAUACCUACGCCCUUUCCUCACGCCGAGCCACGCUGCCACACACCACACGCCAUUCAAUGAACUCCUCCGGCUUCGGAUCCGACCGUGAGCACGCUCACGCGCCGGGGGGAGAGGACGAGGAGGGGGAGGAGGGGUACGAGAUGCGGCCGCUGCAGUCGCGGGGCGCCGAGGGCGAGGGCGAAGAGCUUUUGGGCGGGAAGACUCAGGACGACGAGGGCGACGACGACGACGAUGAUGCAGGCGAUUACUCCGGCGGCGAUGAAGUGCUAUAUGCCAUCGACGAGGGGCCGGAUGGUCACGAGCCCCCGCUGAGGAGCCCUAGGAGGAGGAUGCGCAGGAGGGAGUUUUUGUAUACGCGGGCGGAAGAGAGGGCCGUCGUCAGGAAGCUCGAUAAGUAUCUUGUCGGCGGGCUGGCCGUGCUGUAUAUGCUCAGUUUUUUGGAUCGAAGUAAUAUCGGCAAUGCGAGGAUAGCUGGCAUGAAGGAAGAUCUCGAUCUGAGCGGCGACAGGUAUGAAUGGCUACUGUCAGCGUUCUAUGUAACCUACAUCCUCUUCCAAUGGUGUACGCUGCUGUGGAAAGUGUUUCCGGCGCAUAAAUAUGUCGCCUGUUGUGUGGUGGGGUGGGGUCUGGUAGCUUCAUUGCAAGCUUUGGCGGUCAAUUGGUUCUCCCUCGUUGUGUUGAGGGCAGCGCUUGGAAUCUUUGAAGCAGCUUUUGGUCCUGGUGUGCCGUUCUACCUUAGUCUUUUCUAUCGGAGGGAAGAGCUUGCACUCCGAACAGGCCUGUUCAUUUCGGCUGCUCCAUUGGCUACAGCGUAUGCUGGGUUUCUAGCCUAUGCAAUCACGUCGAUACCGUCAUCGAUAGCUCCGUGGCGCCUUCUCUUUCUGCUCGAAGGGUUUCCGUCACUCGUUGCCGGUAUUUGUGCGUAUUACUUCAUCCCGGACUCACCCGCCGAUGCUGGUUUCCUCCGUCGAGAUCAGAAGAAGAUUGCACGCCGAAGACUGCUCGUGGUCCGUGAUGACGAGGAGGAUACGGGCACUGUGAUAGCGACCGAGGAGAGGCGUGGGCUGAGGUGGAAAGAGGUCUGGAGAGCUUUCAGAGAUCCGGGGAAUUGGAUCACGGCUCUCAUCUUCUUCUUUGCGAACGUCUCAUUUGCGUCUCUUCCCGUGUUCCUCCCUACCAUCAUCAACGAGAUGGACCUUGGAGUCAAUACCGUCUCUCCGGCCCAAGCCCAAGCACUUUCAAUCCCACCUUACAUCUUUGGCCUUUGUGUCAUACUCCUCACAACAUAUCUCUCGGACCGAUUCCGCUCCCGCUCCGUUCCGCUAAUCAUCCUCUGCAUCACCAGCAUUUCCGGCUACCUACUCCUGGUGCUUUCCGGACUACUCCAUAAGAGCCUCACCAAGCUCGCCUCAGACGUAGCCGAUAUCGAAUCCCCCGGCGCAUGGUGGGAAGAGAAGAUUCCCACCUCGAAAUUCCUCGCCACCCACAGCUCUACCGUAGUCAUGAGCUAUGUCGGCAUCAUGCUUGCCGCCGGUACCAUUUUCGCCAUUAUCUCCCUCGUCAUCACCUGGAACGGAAACAACUCAGAAACCGAGAGCAGCCGAGGAGCGGGGAUGGCGAUUCUGCAGGGGCUGGGACAGUGUGGUCCGCUGCUGGGGACAAGGCUGUAUCCCGCCGACCAGGGGCCUGAGUACAUCAGUGGCAGCUUGACGUGUGCUGGGUGCAUGCUCGUCGUGUGCUGUCUUGUAGGAUUACAGCGGUGGAGGCUGGGCAGGGAGAAUAGACGGAGAGAGGCGCUGGACUCCAGGGAGGCAGCGAUGGAAGGGGACGGUACACGGAGGAGAGUUAGGCGAUUCCUUUAUAUGCUUUAAUUCGGUGUGCUUUUGCAGGUUUGCUUCUAGCUGCGGCAUCUACAUACAUAAGAUGCGGAUUUGAUUUCGCGGAGAAUAGAUACCAUCUGAUUUUGUCAUCCAUUCUGAUGAUGCCCAUUACCUCAUCGAUCUGAUCGAGCGAUAUCCAAGUUCAAAUGAUGAUUUA